GCAUACAGAGACUCAGCUUCAAGACCAGUGCAAAGAAGGACCUAGAUUUCUUUCAUUGUACGUCAAGAAUGGUUACUAUAAUCAGCACCAUGGAAACCCAGGUGUCCAACGGUCCAAGCGGAACCAGUCUGCCUAAUGGUCCAGUCAUUAGCACCAAUGGCUCCACAGACGACAGCAAAACCAACCUGAUCGUCAACUAUCUGCCUCAGAACAUGACCCAGGAAGAGUUCAAAAGUUUGUUUGGUAGCAUUGGAGAGAUUGAGUCUUGCAAGCUAGUCAGAGACAAGAUAACAGGACAGAGUUUGGGAUAUGGCUUUGUAAACUAUGUGGAUCCAAAUGAUGCAGAUAAGGCCAUCAACACGCUCAAUGGUCUUAAACUGCAGACUAAAACAAUCAAGGUAUCAUAUGCCCGGCCAAGCUCAGCAUCUAUUCGUGAUGCAAACCUUUACGUGAGUGGACUCCCCAAAACCAUGAGCCAGAAGGACAUGGAACAGCUGUUCUCCCAAUAUGGUCGCAUCAUCACAUCCCGCAUCCUAGUGGACCAAGUCACAGCAGGCAUAUCACGCGGAGUGGGCUUCAUCCGGUUUGACAAGCGGAACGAGGCAGAGGAAGCCAUCAAAGGUCUGAAUGGACAGAAGCCUUUGGGUGCCGCCGAGCCCAUCACUGUCAAGUUCGCCAACAACCCCAGCCAGAAGACAGGCCAGGCCUUACUGACUCAGCUGUACCAGACUGCUGCCCGCCGCUACACGGGGCCCCUGCACCACCAGACUCAGCGUUUCAGACUCGACAAUUUACUAAACGCCAGCUACGGAGUCAAGAGUUCUCCUACUCUCUUCCCCAGAUUCUCCCCCAUCACCAUUGACAGCAUGACCAGCCUGGCCGGGGUCAACCUUACUGGUCCAACUGGAGCCGGCUGGUGCAUCUUUGUAUACAACCUGUCCCCCGAGGCGGACGAGAGCGUCCUGUGGCAGCUCUUCGGGCCCUUCGGCGCUGUCACCAACGUCAAGGUCAUCCGUGACUUCACCACCAACAAAUGUAAGGGCUUUGGCUUUGUCACCAUGACCAACUACGAUGAAGCCGCCAUGGCUAUUGCUAGCCUUAAUGGCUACCGCCUGGGUGACCGCGUGCUGCAGGUUUCCUUCAAGACCAGCAAGCAGCACAAGGCCUGA